AACUAAUCACGAGCGCCUUAUUUAUACACCUGCCCCUCACCUGGCUCUUCAUACCCUUGUCCUGCCUCACCUCACGCCACACACCUCACCAUGGCGCGCCCCUCAAGCCUCCACCUCCUCUGCUUCGUCCUUCUCGCUCUCCUGGUCUUCUACUCCUCCGAGGCUGCAGCCCCGGGUAGCCCCAGGGAGUGCUACGAUGGCUACUUCAAGUGUGCGGACGGUGUGUGCAUCCCGGACAACCUGGUGUGCGACGGGGAGGUCAAUUGCAUCACGGGAAACGACGAGGAAAGCUGCGCCCGGGCUGAUGAUGUUUCAGACACUGUGGACGAAUGCUUCCAAGGCUACUUCCAGUGUUCCAAUGGCCUGUGCAUCCCUGACAGCCUCGUGUGCGACGGCGAGAUAAACUGCGUCUUGGGGAAUGACGAGGAUAAUUGCUGAAAGGAUUAGUGACAUAACAAAUAGCUGAACUAACCAUACACACACACCAUUAAUUUCUUGUUUAACCUUGUGCCAGAAACUUCGACCUAACCUAAUCUAACCAAACACUGCUAACCUGACCUGACCUAACCACACACACACACACACACACACACACACACACACACACACACACACACACACACACACUCCUGCCCUAACCGCUGUAGCCACAUAAGCUGUCUGUUCAUAGUUGUAAAAUAGCCUAGUUUUUGUAAUGGUGCAUGUAAUUGUAACUAACCUUAGAUUGAUGAAGUGUUAGGAAAUUACAGUAAAAGUCCGUUAAUAUGAAUUCCCAUGGUCAGAAAAUUACAGAUUGUCAUUCAUUUCCAUCUUUACAAUCUCUUUCUUUCACUCCUUAUCUUUAUACAAUGUCCUCCUCUGCCUCUUCCCACUCCUAGUCUUGAUAUCUUGAAAACAGGAAAUAUACGACCAUUGUAAAUUCUUGGGAAGGCAGAAAAAUGUAAUAAAAGAAGAAACUCAGAAAUUUUUAAGUGCAGGAAGUGAUAUGUAAUGGACUUUUGGUGCAUUGAUUUGCGUGUUGAUGUUCUUCCUCUCUGCAUGUUGUCGGAGGGCCUAACAGGUUUUGUGUUUUGUAAUUGGUAGCAAAGCCUGAUUUUUUAAACGUUGUAUUAGUAUUUAUUAAGUUACGUGGCUAGUUUGGCUUUUUAAUUCCACUUUUGGGAUGAAGUUAGCUGGGAGUGUUGGAUUUUCAGAGUUGAGUUGACAUGUUACAAAGUGAUAUAAAGAAAUCAACUAAACUAACUAACCACGGCUUGUAAAACGAGUUAAAGAAAAGACAAAUCAGAAACACUAUUGUUACUAAAGAAUAAUACGAUUGAAAAGUCAGGCAGAAGUCUUGACACAUACAACCACUAUUACAGUACUAUAACCAACCACCACCACCACUACUACUACUACUACUGCUACACAUUACUUACCUGCCCUUCCCUCACACCUGCCCAUGUACUCUGCUGUGUGACGAGAGAGAGAACUUCAAUCACUCCAGGCCUGUUACUUGUGCUAUGUUGGUGUAAGUAGCUGCAUACUGACCCACCCGCAUGUAACUAAUAAAUGACGUGUAGUAUUA